AUGGUCAGACCCCCGAAUUCCCCUGAGGACACCCUCUAUGUCCAGACUCUCCCUGGGGCCCCGGCACCUGAAACCACAGGCUCCCAGGGUCCCAAGGCCCAGCCAUGCUCGAGUCCUCCUCAGGCUGUGCUGGCUGAGAUAGAAUUUUCCACAGGGACACAGACCCAGCUUUGUGUCAGGAGCUGCCAGAAGCCAGGAUGUCUGCCAGCAGCCAGGCCACCACCUACUUCACUGGACAGUGGUCUCCUACAGAGCGAGAAGACGCCCUCCUCCAGCAACUUAGCCUCUGGUGUCCUGCUCCUGCCCAAUAAGACAGCAGGACCGGGCCUUCCGAUCACUUGCACCCCAGUCCCCCCACGCAUCAGCCCCUUGUCUCCCUUCCUGCAGGGAUACUCCUUCGUGGCGCCAUCCAUCCUGUUUGACCACAACAAUGCGGUGAUGACCGAUGCGUUGGAGGCACCUGGCGCUGCAGACCGGCCUGGUCGGGCAGCGGUUGCCAGGAGCGCCAUGAUGCAGGACUCGCCGUUCUUCCAACAGUACGAGCUGGACCUGCGGGAACCCGCGCUGGGUCAGGGCAGCUUCUCUGUGUGUCGUCGCUGUCGCCAGCGCCAGAGCGGCCAGGAGUUCGCGGUCAAGAUCCUCAGCCGCAGGCUGGAGGCGAACACUCAGCGCGAAGUGGCCGCCCUGCGGUUGUGCCAAUCGCAUCCCAACGUGGUGAAUCUGCACGAGGUGCAUCAUGACCAGCUGCACACGUACCUGGUCCUGGAGCUGUUGCGGGGCGGGGAGCUGCUGGAGCACAUCCGCAAGAAGCGGCACUUCAGCGAGUCCGAGGCGAGUCAGAUCCUACGCAGCCUAGCGUCGGCCGUGAGCUUCAUGCACGAGGAGGCGGGCGUGGUGCACCGCGACCUCAAGCCCGAGAACAUCCUGUACGCCGACGACACGCCCGGGGCCCCAGUGAAGAUCAUCGACUUCGGGUUCGCGCGACUGCGGCCGCAGAGCCCCGCGGGGCCCAUGCAGACCCCCUGCUUCACGCUGCAGUACGCGGCCCCGGAGCUGCUGGCGCAGCAGGGUUACGACGAGUCCUGCGACCUGUGGAGCCUGGGUGUCAUUCUGUACAUGAUGCUGUCGGGGCAGGUCCCCUUCCAGGGGGCCUCGGGCCAGGGUGGCCAGAGCCAGGCUGCUGAGAUCAUGUGCAAGAUCCGCGAGGGGCGCUUCUCCCUUGACGGGGAGGCCUGGCAGGGCGUGUCGGAGGAAGCCAAGGAGCUGGUCCGAGGGUUGCUGACUGUGGAUCCGGCCAAGCGGCUGAAGCUCGAGGGACUGCGGGGCAGCUCGUGGCUGCAGGAUGGCAGCGCGCGCUCCUCGCCCCCGCUCCGGACGCCAGAUGUGCUGGAGUCCUCCGGGCCAGCUGUGCGCUCCGGGCUCAAUGCCACCUUUAUGCUCAUCUGGAUCCUGAGCUGGGCAUUUCUGCUGUAG